AUGCCUGACAACGUGAUCCUGUGCAUCUACGAUCUUAGUCUCGGUCUUGCCAGAAGUUUAUCGGCCUCUCUGCUUGGAACCGAGCUGCGCGGCAUCUGGCAUACGUCGGUAGUGGUUUACGGCGGUGAAUACUACUAUGGUGAUUCCGGAAUAUUGUGCAGUCCUCCGUAUCAAACGGUUCUUGGUAGACCGACGAAAACGAUGGAAAUGGGAUCGACCGAAAUUCCUCAAGAUUUGUUUGAAGAAUAUUUGAUAACUGUCAGCGAAGAGGAGUUUAAGCCUAUUGGCAGGAUGAUUUCGCCGUUCAUCGACCACGUCAUGGCUACCGCCAAUGGUGAACGCCAUAUAGGAGCUCCUAGUUCUGAUCACCAAGAUUUCUCUCAAAAUUCGCAGGCUAACUCGAACUCGACACCAUCUUCUGCCGCAGGGAAACAGGUUGGUGAUACGUUUCUAUUCCUGAGUGAAUUUUGA